GACACAAAACGCACCGAGCAUACACUUAAUAAAAACUCUACCAUAAAAUGUUAACCCGCUUCAUAGUUCUAUUCAUUUUGUUCAUCGGCUCUUCAUCCAUAGGUGAAGAGGGUGAUAGUGUGCAUAAUGCUAGUGCAAGGAGUGGCAAGUUAUUCUGGCCGGGGUCCCAAAGCCACUUGUAUGAUAUGGUCACGGAAGUUGCUUCGUCGAUGUAUGGUGCCCAUGCUGAUGGAGAUUUCUUUGAUUUCCUACGGGACUCCUUUCCUUUGCCAGGAGGUCUCAACGAACCAUACUCCGAAUAUGACUUCAUCAUAAUUGGAGCUGGAUCAGCUGGGUGUGCUCUAGCUAAUAAACUGUCUAAAAACCGAAACAUCACAGUUCUGCUGUUGGAGGCUGGCAAACCAGAAAUGAUAUUGACUGACAUGCCAGUUUUGGCACCAGUAUUUCAAUCGACGGAUUACGCGUGGCAAUAUUAUAUGGAGCACCAACCCGGCGUCUGUAUGGGCAUGUCAAACGGUCGGUGCUUUUGGCCACGAGGCAAAGCAGUUGGAGGGACGUCUGUCAUCAAUUAUAUGAUCUUCACCCGAGGCAGACCACAGGAUUGGGAUCGAAUAGCAGCUGAUGGGAAUUACGGAUGGGCGUACAAUGACGUAUUGAAAUAUUUCAUCGAACUUGAAAAGGCAUCCUUAAAAGGAUUUGAGAAAAAUCCAUAUAGAGGUCAAGAUGGUGCUCUUCCCGUGGAAUUUGUUCCUAUAAAAACAAAGCUUCUCAACGCAUUUUUGGAGGCGGGCACCAUUCUCGGUCAUCCAACUGUCGAUUACAAUGCCCCACACGAAUUCGGAUUCGGGCGCGUCCAAGUCACAAUAAGCGGCGGUCAUCGAACGAGCUCCGCUAAAGCAUUCCUUCAUAAACACAAAAAUAGGCGUAACCUUCAUAUACUACCGGAAACUAGAGCCACUAAAAUCUUAAUCGACCCAAACACGAAAAAGGCUUACGGUAUCGAGUAUGUUCGUAAUAAACUACUGCAUACUGUUUAUGCUCGCAAAGAAGUAAUUUUGUCUGCUGGACCUAUAGCGUCACCUCAACUUCUUAUGUUAUCUGGAAUAGGCCCUCGCGAACAUUUAAGUACACUUGGUAUACCUGUUCUUCAAGAUCUUCCAGUAGGUAAAGUUCUUUACGACCAUAUAUGUUUUCCCGGCCUUAUAUUUACGUUAAACGAAACCAAUGUAUCAUUCUUAGAAAGGCGAGCUAUAAGUCUUCACGGAAUAACCCAAUGGUUUAAAAAUGGCGAUAACGAAUUUGCAUCACCUGGUGCAGUGGAGGGAAUUGGUUACAUUAAAACCCCAGUCUCUACCGACCCUGAACCUACGGUGCCAGAUAUUGAACUGAUUAGUAUUGGCGGAUCCAUUCUAUCAGACGGUGGUCCAGGCGGAAGUAAAGCAGUUCGUAGAGGAAUGAGAAUAGUAGAUAGUGUAAUGGACGAAGCAUUUGGUUCAAUUGACAGCACCGAUACGUGGUCAGCAUUCCCAAUGCUUUUGCAUCCCAAAUCUGUUGGUCGUGUCGAAUUAAGAGACACCAACCCAUUCAGCCAUCCAAAAAUGUAUGGUAACUAUUUAACAGAUUCGAAUGAUGUUGCCACAUUUGUAGCUGCAAUACGACACAUUCAAAAAAUAGCAGCUACGGCUCCGUUUCAAAAGUUUGGCGCAAAAAUACAUCCUGCAUCUUACAGAACGUGUAGGAACUUUGUUUUUGACACAGAUGAAUAUUGGGAGUGUGCUUUGCGAACUCUCACGGCCACCCUGCAUCAUCAGAUAUCAACAUGCCGUAUGGGCCCGGACAGUGACCCUCUGGCAGUAACGGAUCCAGAAUUACGUGUAAAAGGAAUCAGUAAUUUACGUGUAGUUGAUACGAGCGUUAUUCCUAGAACAAUUUCAGCGCACACUAGCGGACCUGGUAUGAUGAUUGGUUUGAAAGCCGGCGAUAUGAUAAAGAAAGAUUGGAAUAUUUAAGGCAGAUUUCAUAUUUUAUGCUGAA